AUGGAAGUUACAGAAAAGCCUGAUGAGAUGGAGCAGUUUCAUGAGAGGGACAGGCUGAGGAUGAGAGUUGCUGUGCUGGAGGAGAGCGUGAGGUCCUCUGAGGUGGAGUGCAAAGCCGGCAGAGAGACGCUGAUGAGGCUGGUGGCAGAGCUCGACCAGGAGAGGAGGAAGGCUGCCAGCAGUGCAGCAGCACUUGACUCACUCAAAGCGGAGUUAGAUGGCAUGGUGCUGGGAAGGAGGAGCAUUGACGUGGAACAGAGGAGUCUCAUGGAGAGGCUGGAGGCCAGCAAGCGGGUCAUAGAGGCAGCCAGGCAGGAAUCACAGUGUUUGGAGAAACAGGUUGAGGAGCUCAACAGGAAGGUCCGAAUAAGCCAAGAGGAGGCCCAGGCAGCUCAGGGGCAACUGCAGAUGUUCCUCACAGAUUUGGCAGCCCUGCUGCAUAUUGAGUGUGGGGACAUUGUCCUGCCCACAGAGAAAGAUAUUCUGCAGAAACUGGAAGACUUCUGCAACAAGGUGGAGGCGAGGCUGUCCCACGUCUCCGAGCAGCUGGCCAGGCAGACGGAGCUCCACAGCUGUGCACUGCAGAGGGCUCAGCUUGCAGAGCAGCAAGUGCAGGACCUGAGGGACAGACUGCAGGCUGUGGAGACUGAGCUGCUGACAGCAGACAUGCAUCGUGAUGGGCUGCAUUACAGCAAACAGCAGUACGAACAGUUCCUGGAGCAGCUGUCAGAGACAAUGAAGGUCGACAGUAUUGCUGCAGACCUGGGCUACGACAUGAGGAUGAAACUCCUCCUGUCCCGUGCAGAAAAACUUGUAAAACAAGAAGGGACAGCUUUGGUGGAAAGCAAAACCCUGACCUAUAGCUUACAGCGAAAGCUGAAGCUGCAGAAGGAUCGUCUGGAGAGCAAGGAGCUCCACACAGAGCUCCUGAGGAAGAAAGUGUCAGAGCUGGAGGAGGAGAAGAGGAGCCGGUCGGCGCUGGCAGUGGAACGAGAUGACGCUCACCUGGAGGCCAGGAAACUGCAGAAAAAGGUGGAACGUCUCCAAUCUGAGCUGAAGGCCAUGAAGCUCUCCAGCACUGAGCUCAAAGCCCAGCUCUCCCACACCAACGAGCUCAAGCUGAAAGUGGCCGAACAGAGUCAGACCGUGCAGGAGCAGAGUAAGAGGCUGCAAGAGCUGGUGGAGGGGAAGUCCAAGGUGGAGAAAACUCUGAGCAGAGUGAGCUCAGACCUGCAGAGCCAGCAGAAGGCGGCCAGGGAAGACCAGCAGCAACUCAGCACCCUCAGACUGACCUUAGCUCAGCUCUCCGAGAGGGAGAGAGAGUUGGUCGACUUCCGGAUGGUCGUCUCCCGAAUGCUCGGUCUGGAUGCGACAACCCUGGCCCUCCCAAAUUACGAAAUCAUCAAGAUGCUAGAGAACCUGCUCCACACUCAUUAUCAUCAUCACCACCUUCAUCAUCACCUCAGUCGGCCCUGGUUUUGUCCCGCUCACCAGAAGCCUCAUCUCACCCAAAUCCAGGACUUCCCCUCCAGCUCCUCUUUGGAUGCUUCUGCCUCCAGGUCUGCUGGUCCUGAGGAGGCUGUAACCAUCAGUGGAAACUAGAUUUAUACUUUAUACUUACACUGAUUUAUACUUUUAUGUCGAGGUAUGAACUAUGCUUUACAACAGCACAUAUUUGAAUAUAGAUUCGAUCUUCUUCUAAUGAUUUGUCAAAACUGUGUCUUUCUAUGUGUUUUCAAGCAAAGAUCAAGAUAAAUAUGAUUCACC